GCACGAAAUGCGGAGUUGAAUGGAAUUUAAUUCAGUUUGAAAGCUCCGCCGACGUCACGCCGCAAACUUCCCGCAUUUUCAAUCUCCGCCGCAACUUCUUCGACCUUACACCCCUCAUAACCACAUAACCGCAAUGCCCCAGGUCCUCUAACUUGCUCCAAAAGUGCAAUUGAACCCCCGAGGCAUAGCCAUGUCUCUCCGCCACAUCUUCCGUCCGGCGGUGUUUUCACCCCGGACAUUCACAUACAGAGCCACCAGAACCUACGCCAGCCAAACGCCCGGCAACCCCGUCCUGGAGAUAUUCAAUCGCAAGGUAAAACAUAUACAGAAGGACCGCGCGGCCGGGAAUGUUGAAGAGAGCCGGAAGACAGAUUACCUCAAAGAUGAGGUAGCCAUGCGGCUAUGCGAGCGGUUACUAGAUAUAAAACGAGAUAUUCCGAAUGUGCUCGACCUCGGUGCAAACAGCUGCAAUAUCGCUCGCGCCUUAACAACGCCCGACAUCGACCCCGUCAACCCAAACUCACCUCCCCUCGCAACCCGCAUCUCGAACCUCACCUGUGUCGACACCUCGCAAGCCCUUCUCCACCGUGAUGCGGACGAGCCCUUCAACAAGGAGAUUUCCAUCAAGCGGGAGGUUAUCCCCGACCUCGAGAGCCUUCCUUACGAGGAGAACACGUUCGAUGCCGUCCUGUCUUCCCUCUCCAUUCACUGGAUUAACGACCUGCCCUCGCUGCUAGCGCAAGUGAACUCUAUUCUUAAGCCGGAUUGUCCGUUUAUUGCGGCUAUGUUCGGCGGCGAUACAUUGUUCGAGCUCCGGACGUCAUUGCAGCUGGCGGAUAUGGAGCGACGGGGUGGUGUGAGUCCGCAUGUUUCACCACUGGCGGAUGUGCGUGAUGUAGGUGGAUUGCUGAAUAAGGCCGGGUUCAAGAUGCUCACGGUUGAUGUGGAGGACAUCGUGGUGGAGUACCCGGAUACGUUUGCUCUCAUGCAGGACUUGCAGUCGAUGGGCGAGAACAAUGCUAUCUUGCACCGGGAGUUGGGACCGAUAUCGCGUGAUGUUUUGCUCGCCAAUGAGGCGAUCUACCGGGAACUGCACAAGGAAGAAGGGUCGAGAGGUAUUCCCGCGACGUUCAGAUUGAUUUACAUGAUUGGGUGGAAAGAAGGAGAGGGACAAGCUCAGCCUCUGGCUAGGGGUAGUGGAGAGGUUAAUUUGAAGGAUCUUCUGGGCGGUGGUGAUUUCUCUAAUCGGUGAUGAGAUCGGGGGAUUGUAAACUAUAUGUUGUUCGGUAUGUAAACUAUAAGGUUAGAAUCUAGGAUAUUAUCCCAUUUGCGGGGGCAGAAAAGCGAAGGCAGCCAAGUAUAAACACAGCACGAACGAAAAAAACAUUUGAAAUCGACGAUUUCUCAAUCACCCAUU